CCAAGCGCCACCCCCAUGGUGUUCAGGCACUUCCUGGAAGUUGGCUGGGUAGCCUAUGUCUCCUUUGGACCUCCUGCUGGGAAGCUGGUGGUGAUCAUAGAUGUUAUGGAGCAGAACUGGGCUUUGGUUGAUGAACCUUGCACACAAGUAAGGAGACAGGCUAUGCCUUUCAAAUGCAUGCAGCUCACUGACUUCAUCCUCAAGUUCUCACACAGUGCCCACCAGAAGUAUGUUUGCCAAGCCUGGGAGAAGGCAGAUAUCGAUACAAAAUGGGCAUCCACAAGAUGGGUCAAGAAGAUUGAAGCCAGAGAAAAGAAAGCCAAGAGGACAGAUUUUGAUCGUUACAAAGUACUGAAGGCAAAGAAAAUGAGGGCCCGAAUGAUUAAGCUUGAAGUUAGGAAGCUUCAAAAGGCAGCUCUCCUAAAAGCUCCUCCCCAAAAAUCACCUGCUGCUGAUGGCGUAGCUGCAGCAGCUGUUGCAAAUGUUUCAGCAAAAAAGGUCACCGCUGCAGGCCAGAAGCAAGCGUCUCCAAAUGCUCAAAAGGGUCCGAAAGCCCCAACCCAGAAAGCACCUGCUGCUCCCAAGGCAUCUGACAAGAAAGCCUGAGAACAUAAGGGGCUGCUAUAAAAGUAUAAUAAGUGUUCUUUUUCACA